UAGUUACACAACACAAGAAGAUUAGUCCCACAUAGGAAGCAAAAUGGGUUAAGAUAGUGUAACUACAGAUAUCUAUGGCCUGUAGUAUUAUCAUUGAAUACAACAUUUGUGUCUACUGGAAAAUUAUACUGCUGUAAUUAUUAUAAUGUACACAGGUACUCUGGCAACGAAUCUAAUUUCUACAGAAGCCCAAGGUAAAACUGGGCUUUGAAGCAGAGAAGGAAAUACCAGCUAGGCCUGUUGCUGGAAGCAGGUGAAUGGACGAAAGGGAGGAGCGCCGCCAGCCUAGGGAGUUCUGGUCACUUCUUGCUGCGAUCUUGCUUCAGCACUGGAUUUUUCUGAUCUUAAUUUCUUGCUGUGUAUGACUGGUUUGUUCUUGCAUGUUUGACUGGCCAAGGUUUUACAGACUUCAUUACCAGUAGUUGAUUAAAAUCAAAAGAUGCACAGGAAAUAAGUGAGUCUGGCCACUUUCUGCAUCUGCUCUCAUGUUGGAAUGGAAGCUAUGCACUGCCUAAGGUGGCUCUGUGAGCAUGUGCUGGGACAGAAACUUCUCCUGCUAUACCUUUUGAGGCAGAAUUACGUGGAUACAAAUGAGGAGAAUCUUACCUAUGAAAUGAGUUAUUUGGAUAAUCCCUCAAGAAGUUUUCAUUAUGUUGCAUUUUGUUUCUUGUUUUAGAAGUGUAGGAGAAGACUCUGAACUAGUGUCCUUCCCCAGACAAAAGCAUGAUCUACGUCCCUGGAAGUUUAAAACUACAUCGAUUAAAUUUCUUCCCACUGAGAGGAACAUUUAAUUUCAGUUUUUAGUGGCUGGGCUUCAUCGCCGGAAAUGACUAUAGUGAUUGAAGUUCCUCAUAGCUUGAAAACAAAAUUGACUUGUAGCUUGUUGCACUAAGGAAGCGUUUUAUAAUAUAUGGUGCCUUUCUGCGCUGGGAAAUAUGCAGGACCCUAGUGCACAUGAAAGCACAGGCUUGCAGUCCCAGCCACCUCCUGAGGAGCAGAACUAUGGAACUAGUGAAGCACAUGAGAGACAAGGUCCAUUUGUGUCAGUGUCAAGGAACAGUCCAGCAAAGAGUGAUUACCUGACGGUUGGUGUGCUAUGCUAUGCGAAUUUAAUAAACUUCAUGGACUGGUUUAUUGUUCCAGGGAUCCUGUUGGAUAUACAGCAAUACUUUAAUCUCAGCGAUGGGAAGGCAGGUCUACUGCACACAGUCUUCAUCUUGUGUUACAUGCUGGCUGCCCCCUUCUUUGGAUACCUCGGUGACCAGUACAACAGGAAAAUCAUCCUUGGAGCUGGUAUUUUCUUCUGGUCUGCUGUAACAUUAGGAACCUCAUUCAUCAGUGAAUCGUAUCACUGGAUAUUCUUUCUUUCCCGAGGACUAGUUGGCAUUGGCACAGCCAGUUAUUCCACAGUCGCACCUACCAUCAUUGCAGACCAAUUUGAUGAGGAAAAAAGGACCACAUUGUUAUCUAUCUUCUAUAUCUGCAUUCCAGUGGGAAGUGGUCUUGGUUAUGUCCUAGCAUCCAGCAUGGCAAAUGUCACAGGUGAUUGGCACUGGGCAUUCCGGGUAACUCCUUGCCUGGGAGGUAUAGCACUGGUUCUUCUGAUUAAACUGGUCCCUCACAAUAUCCAGAGAAGGACAGAAGCACACAGAGCAUUGAGCAUCUCUGGCACAAUACGAGUAGCAGCUGAAAAACCUGGUGUACAGAGAUCUGCCAAGACUACUUGGUGGCAAGAUGUCAUAUCACUUGGCAAGAAUUGCAGUUUUGUCUGGUCCUCACUGGGUUUGACUGCCAUGGCCUUCGUUACUGGAGCGCUGGGAAUGUGGGUACCGAUGUUUCUUUACAGGGCUCAGGUUGUCCAGGGCACUGUAUCACCAUGCCUCAAAAAAUCAUGCAGUUCAUCUAACAGCCUAAUAUUUGGAGGCAUCACCAUUGGGACAGGAAUCUUGGGUGUCAUUGCUGGGGCAGAAGCUGCAAGAAGAUUAAGGAAGAUAAACAACAGAGCUGAUCCUCUGAUCUGUGCCACAAGCAUGUUUGUUUCUGCUCUGUUCUUAUUCAUAGCGCUGAUGAUGGCCCAGAGGAACAUCACUUCCACUUUUAUUUUUAUUGCAUUUGGAGAACUAUUUUUAUCUGCAAACUGGGCUGUUGUGACAGACAUACUGCUGUAUGUCGUGACACCGAGGCGGCAGUCUACAGCUAUUGCCCUGCAGAUUUUGGUGAGCCAUUUGCUGGGAGAUGCAGGCAGUCCAUAUCUUGUUGGGACCAUCUCCAAUGUUAUUCAGGCCAAGAACAAGCACUCGCUCCAGUGGAGUUUCAGGAGCCUUCAGUACAGCUUCAUCAUCUGCGUUUUUGUUGGUGUCAUUGGGGGAGGUUUUUUCCUCCUGACAUCUUUCUACAUUGAAGACGAUCGCAAGGAAGCAGAGAAGCUCUAAGGUUUCUAUGGAUCUUUUAAACCUUUAUCUGAUAACUUUCCUGUUUGUAUGCCAGCCAUGAUAUUGACUCUGUAACGUUAAAACACAAAUAUAUGUGUUGUGGUAAUAGUACAAUAGUUUCUAUAAAUAAAAUAAAUGCAAAAUCCCAGCAAGGCCUCAGAUUAAACAAAUCUCCCAUAUUGAGAAAAACAGACUUUGCAGAGCACACAAAGAUCACAGAAGUGCUCUUACUGACCUCUUCCAAAUAUGGAGCUCAUAACAUAGCUUUACUGCAGGUAAUGCAUCUUCGUGGAAGGUGUUUCUUUCUCUCAUCUGGUCUUUGGAGCCCACUAUAACCAUUCCUAUCUCUCUGUAAUACUUCU